UGCACGAUGUUUGCCAUUUUAUUAUUUAUUUUAUACUUUUUGAUAACUUAAAGAGAGUGUUUAUGUGUUAGAGAGAAAGAGAGACCUGAAACAUCGCCCAGCGUGAUCGCACUAACAGAUCCGAAGAGCGGACUGCAAAGUUCUUAAUGAAUAAUUAAAAGUUUCAAAGGGUCGUCCACAUUACCGCUGAGAAGUCUUGGCGCACUGGCUUGCAUUUCCAAGACUUAUACACCGCCUUGUUGGAAUGAAAAUGGAAUGGAAGUUUAUUACGCUCAACCCACUCACUUCAUAAACGGUAAUAAAGGACUGUGGAUUUACAUAAUGAAGCGAUGUGUAGGAGCCGAUGCACGCCAAUGGAGAGCUCGGUAUCACACGGGAUUUACAGAAACUGGGGAGAUGAUGUAACAGAAGAUGGGUGUAACACAGGAUACCGCUACUCCGAACAGUUCACAGGAUGUGAACCACACCGAUCAUCCUGGGUCCAGCACCCAUUCGACUGCUGAGGCUUUUUUACUGGUUCUAGUGGUUUCCAUCAUCAUCCUGGUGACUAUUGUCGGUAAUGUGCUGGUAGUGGUGGCCGUGUUCACCAGCAGAGCUCUCAGAGCUCCCCAGAACCUUUUUUUGGUGUCCCUCGCAUCUGCAGACAUCCUGGUAGCCACGCUAGUGAUCCCCUUCUCCCUAGCUAACGAAGUGAUGGGCUAUUGGUACUUCGGGAGCACUUGGUGUGGUUUCUAUUUGGCUUUAGAUGUCCUGUUCUGUACGUCUUCUAUUGUUCACCUGUGCGCCAUCAGCCUGGACAGGUACUGGUCGGUGACUAAAGCGAUCAGCUACAACCUGAAAAGGACACCGAAAAGAAUCAAAAGCAUGAUCGCCACGGUGUGGGUGAUCUCCGCUGUCAUUUCUUUUCCUCCGCUGAUCAUGAUCAAGAAGCACAACGAGUACGAGUGCCUGCUCAACGAGGAAACCUGGUACAUCCUGUCCUCGUGCGUCGUCUCCUUCUUCGCACCUUGCGUGAUAAUGAUCCUGGUGUACUGCAAGAUCUACCGGGUGGCAAAGCAGAGGUCCUCCACCGUAUUUGUCGCCAGGAACGGGGUCGAGCGGCAGACCUCCCAGUCAGAGACGUGCUUUAUGAACAAGGAUAAAUUCGAUAACGAAAGCCCGAGCAGCCAGAGCUCUGGGGGUAGCAACCAGAGGCAGGAGGAGCUCGAGGACAUUGACCUGGAGGAGAGUUUUGCAGCAGAUAAGAAGCCUAGGAAUUCUCGGUUUUCCAAAAAGAGCAAAGUGGAGGGUUCUCAGCAGGACCCCCGCCUAUCCUGGGCGUCAAACCGCGGAUCCCACCUGUUUAACGAGCAGCAGAGCCGGCGCCUCAACUCGGUGACCAAGAACAAAGUGGCACAGCAGCGGGAGAAGCGCUUCACCUUCGUGCUGGCCGUCGUCAUGGGGGUUUUUGUACUUUGCUGGUUUCCCUUUUUCUUCACCUACAGUUUGCAGGCGAUCUGUGGGAACCGCUGCAAUGUGCCAAAAACGCUUUUCAAUCUCUUUUUUUGGAUCGGAUAUUGUAACAGCUCUCUGAAUCCCAUCAUUUACACAAUCUUUAAUCGGGAUUUCCGAAAGGCAUUUAAAAAGAUCAUCUGCAGGACCACCAAGCGCACUUGAGCAGCCGAGCGGCACUCUGCCAUGGGAACACUUUUAUGUGGUAUGCUGGGAUUGGCAAAUCAUUUGCUACGUGACUCUCAUUUUGUAAAUACUUUUGAGCCGUGGUAUUGGGAUAAAAAUGUUUUAUAUGUACACUAAUAAACCAUGUCUAAGUUAAACUAUUUAAAAAUAGAUAAUAUAAAACAAGCUGUUUAUAUGCAGCGGAAAGAGGAAUAUACUUGCAGUUUAAUCAGCUGAAUAUCAUGCACAUUUCAUCAUAAAAUCACUUUAUUUCUCAAA